AUGCUUGUAAGUGAUCCUGUAAUAAUCUAUAUAAAGAAUUCUGUCCUGACACUUGCACCUCCCCACACUUCCAGCCUCUUGCCCCAAAGGACCCAAGCAACACCAGAGAAGGAAGUGCCACACAAACCUUUGAGAGCACGUGUCCGAUCUCCAGACAAGUUACCUGUCCGGUGGAAGCUACCCCAAUCCUCACGUCUUAGGAGUCCACGUAGAUCUCAAGGCUACCUCUUGGGUUAUGGGGAAAGCAGCCGAAAGAUGAGUUAUGUUCCUCUGCAAAAAUAUGAACGAAACCAUGAGGCUAAGAAACUAGCAUCUGAAUCAGUUUAUAUGGUUUCACUGCAAUCAAGGAAUUCCCAGCGACGGAGUCAGCCAGUCUAUAGGGCAGCUUUAACCAAGAGGAAGAUCUCAGAGGAAGAUGAGCUAGAGGAAGCAAAAGACAUAAGUGUUCGUGUUAUGUCAUCUCAAUCUGUGCUUGUUGCGUGGACAGAUCCGAUAUAUGAAAAACAGAAGAAAGUUGAAGCAACUAGACGAUAUGCUGUUCGUUAUCGAGAAAAAGGGGAAUCAGCAAGGUGGGAUUACAAACAAGUACCUAACAGACGGGUGUUAGUGGACAAGCUGAUACCAGACACCAUGUAUGAAUUUGCAGUGCAAAUUUCAGAGGGAGAAAGGGAAGGCAAAUGGAGUGCUUCUGUUUACCAACGAACCCCAGAAGCUGCUCCUGCUAGUGCACCUGAAAAUUUAGACGUUUGGCCAAUUAAAGGCAAAACAACCUCUGUCACUGCAUCGUGGGAACCUCUUGCAGAGAGUGAAGGAAAAGUAAAAGAAUACAUUCUUUCAUACGCCCCGGCUCUCAAGCCAUUCGGAGCAAAGUCCAUCACCUAUCGUGGAGGUACUACUUCUGCCAUAAUAGAUGGUCUGCAGCCUGGGGAACGCUAUAUUUUCAAAAUUCGUGCAGCAAACAGGAGGGGACAAGGUCCUCAGUCUAAAGCCUUCAGUGUCAUUAUGCCAACAGCCAGUAGAGAUGAUUUGAAUGUUCAUCAGCAAACAAACACUCAAGAUAAUACGGAGUCUAAAAAACCUGGUGAUGCUGCACCUUCAUCCCCACCUCAAAUCUUUCCUGCUUCUUCUCAGAAAAUCCAACCAUCAGCUUCCUCUAAGCAUACUGUUCAUUCAUCCAGUUCUCUUGGUGGUGGAGAUUCAAAAAAUCCUCUUUCUGAGUUUAAGAAUAAACUCUUUAAUAGUCAUGGAGUACUGAAUAAAUCACAGCUAUUCUCUAAAAAGACAUCAGAGCGAGAACCUGAUCCCCAAUCCACUGAAGUUACAGAUGAUCAUGAUUCCUCCAAUGAAACUCCAACACCAUUGCCUAAAAUGCAAGAUCAAAGAAGAAUCAUUGGGCCCCAUUCUCCUAGCAGGACAUUUCACUCUGUCCUUUCAUCAGGUAGAAUGCCAUUGAGACUACGUACUCCAGUAAGGGCAAGACAAACGAGCACAGACAAACAUGGCUCUUCAUCAUCUUCCUUAACCCAACAUUCCUCAUCCUCUUCCUCUGCAUCUUCCCCCAUUCCUAAGUACACAGAUAAUGAAACACCACGUCAAGGACAAGAAAACUCUAACACUCUGGCUUCCCCUAAAAUCCCUUUAGAUAAUCUGCCUCCUGAAAAUGUACCUCAUGAUACUGCAGGUAGUGUGGAGGAAAAGCAAGUAAGUCUAGAUUCUGUGCCAUUAAAAAAAACUGGGUCUAGUCGAGUAUCUCCUAAAAUUCCAGAACAUACUCACUUGACUUUGCCAUUGCAUCGGCAAUCUGCUGUGUCUCGCAAAAUGGUCCAGAGCCAUCAAACUAAAUCACACAUCUCUUCUAUGCCAAUUAAAUCACCUACAUCAUCAACAGUUACAAGCUCUCAAAGUCAUUCACGCUAUCCCUCUUCUAAAGUAGUUCACUCUGGCACCCGUGAUAGUUAUGACAAUUAUGAUAGCAAAGAGGCAGAACGAAGAAAUGAUAGGUCAAGUUCCAGUUCUUCUUCUCAUGAUGGAGAUUCACUUCCAUCACUGCAAACUAAACUUCACUCAGGUUCUAGUCCUCAGAUGUUGAAGGAUCCAAAAUUAGCCACUGCAGCUGCAUCAUCACAGUCUGCUAUUUCUGCUUCUGCUCAUCAUACUUCGACUAAUUCUCACAUCCCAUCUUCUGCUAAACUUAAAAUUGAUGGAAGGGAUGAUGAUAAUUAUAGUGAGAACACAGAAACUGAAGAGGAAAAAAAAAGACAAGACGCGUCAUCUUUUAGGUUUAAUUCUAGGCCGUCUUUAGGACAGACUGCAUCUGAACGUUUAAAUUUGCUCAAGCACAAAUCCUCUCAAACAGGCAAUAUGUUUCUAAGCAAGAUCAGCAAUAAUCAAGAUUCUAAGCUUCACCCCUCUAAGCCCCCUUAUUCUGCUGUCUCCUCAAAGGUUCAUUCUCAGAUGAAUGCACACCGAACUUCAACUAGUGUCAGUAGGCCUAGUUCCAAUAUUGAUGGAGAUACUAGAGAAUUGGAGGGUGAAGAUGAGAAACCAUUACCUUCAACUAUUGCCCAUGGCCACUCACCUUCCUUGUCUAGACAGUCCUCUUCAGUAGCAGUCUAUUCUAGAAGAAGUAGUCCUUUGGUAGAGUCUCGUACGCAUCGCAAAGUGCCAGUCAAAGAAAAAUCACAGCUCUUUGGUUCAGAAGAUGAACUUAAUACAGAAACAGAGGAAAUUCCUGCAAAAUCAAAACAGGGUAUACCUUUGUCUAAAAACCCAUCAAAUGGAGUCUCUCGUUUUUCAUCCCAAAAAACUCUUCCUUCAGAGCCAAGCACUUCUCAAAAGGCACAUGUUGGUCAAUCUCAACGUCAGUUCUCCUUAAAUUCUAGAGGCAGGCGUCCUUCUCAGAUCUUUCCCAAAAGAAAUGAAAAAUUACAGGAGGAUGUGGCUGAGGAGGAGGAAGCAGAUGACAGAAUAAAUGCCCAUUCUGAAUUUGCUAAAGAUGUCUCUUCUUCUAAGAGAAUGUCUACCUCUUUUUCUCCAGGAAGUUCUAAUUCCUCUCUUUCAAAGCUCCAGCAAUCUAUUUCUCAAAUUAGUACAGUCGAUGAAAACCAGAAAAGUAGGCAUAACUCUCCAACUUCUUCCAGAGGAUCCAGUUCAUCUUUGCCAGCAGGCAGAUCUAUUGGAUCCAGGAUAGCCUCGUCAAGUGAGCAUGUGUUAGAUUCAUAUAAAUCAUCAUCUUCUCAAUCACAACCCGCCGAGUCAGGCUCUAGAUCUGUCACUGACACAGCAAAGGACAAUCAUAAUAGCAGGGUUACUUCUUUAUCUUCAAAGUCAUCCUUGAGACAAACUCAUCCUUCAGUUCCUAAUUACCACUCAGGUUCCAGAGUCCCUACUAAAAUAACACCCAAAAAUGAGAGAAAAGAUGGCCCACUCCAGUCACCACCAACAAAAGUGGAGCUUUCUCCAAAAGUUCAUUUCUCCUCUUUAUCUAAAUCUCACCAGUCAGUUUCAAAAGAUGAUGAUGAUGAUUAUGAUGCAGGAGAAGUGGAGGAGAAACCCACAUUAUCUUCAUCAGCAAGAGGAUCAUCUUCCUCCAAUUCUAGAGGCAGGAUAAAUAUAAAUGACGGUGGCACCAGGGAUAAAAGGAAACCCAUAGACUCUCGUCUAAUACACAAAGUAAAUGCAGCAGAAGAAAAAGAGGAGGAGGAGGAAGAACUUCCCACUUUAAAACAAUCUCUUCCUGUGUCACAAGGCAGGUCAUCAUCUUCUGUAGUCUCAAGAGUUUCUCAGUCGCCUAACAAACCACAUGCAUCUUCUAAGCCAAGGUUGGCCUGGCCGCGCUCCUCUGCAUCUAUAUAUAUGCCUUCUCAACUGCAUCCCACACACACUGCUUCUCUAGCUCUUUCUUCACCUACGUCCCCUCCUGUCCCCCGUCAACGGCUACAGAGCUCCAAGCUACAAAACCUUUCCCAGCGACAAUUCGUCAGACCACCAUAUAGACAAGGUAGUAAUGGUAGGCCCAAUCUUACAACAAAAACAAAUAUAAAUGGGAAAAUACUACCUGGUAAUAAUGGAAAACCAAAUGGACAGAGAAUAAUCAAUGGUCCUCGAGGAACAAAGUGGAUCAUAGAUCUUGACCGAGGGCUGGUGUUAAAUACUGAAGGAAGAUACCUCCAAGAUUCCCAAGGAAACCCCCUCCGGGUGAAAUUAGGAGGAGAUGGCCGCACUAUUGUUGAUGCUGAGGGUGCUCCAGUAGUGAGUCCUGAUGGAUUACCCUUGUUUGGACAUGGGCGAUUUAGUAAACCUCUAUUAAGUGCACAAGAUAAACCAAUAGUAAGCCUUGGAGGGAAACCACUGAUUGGUCUUGAAAUGAUUAAAAAGACAACUACUCCUUCAACAACUACGACUACAGUUCCCACAACUACAACUACGCCCACAACUACCACCACUCCUGACCCAACGACUACUGAGCCUCCAACUAAGAAACCACUACCUGUGUGUCCCCCAGGCACAGAUGCUCAGUAUGAUGAGGAGGGCAAGCUGGCACUGGGACCUGAUGGUCUGCCCAAAUGCAAUGCAGAAGAUACAUUCUCAGGGAUGGAUGUGGAAGUGACAGCAACUCCAGAGGCAUAUGUGAUCUAUGAUGAAGACUACGAGUUUUUUGAAAGCACUUUGCCUCCAACUACCACUGUGGUCACCACUACUACUGCUGCUGCUACUUCUUCUACUAUAGAAGCAGUGCCUGACAUGGACUAUCCAGAGAUCAGUGUUGCUGGCUCCGAUCCUAUGUCAGAAUUUGACUUAGCCGGGAAGAAACGAUUUAUUGCUCCAUAUGUGACUUAUCUCAGUAAAGAUCCUGCAGCCCCAUGUUCCUUGACAGAAGCAUUGGAGCACUUCCAAGUGGAAAGCCUGGAUGAAAUCAUACCCUAUCAUCUAAAAGGGGAAGAGCAGCGUCCCCAGACAGUCCCUCACAAUAUCACAGUGGUGGCAGUGGAAGGCUGCCACUCCUUUGUCAUUGUGGACUGGGCCAAACCCCGACAAGGAGAUCUGAUAACAGGUUACUUGGUUUACAGUGCAUCUUAUGAUGAUUUUAUAAGGAACAAGUGGUCAACCAGGACUGCAGGGGCUACUCAUUUACCUAUUGAGAAUCUGAAGCCAAAUACAAGGUACUAUUUUAAAGUCCAAGCAAAGAAUCCCUAUGGUUAUGGGCCUAUUAGCUCUUCAGUCUCAUUUGUCACAGAAUCUGAUAAUCCACUGCUUAUUGUCAGACCACCUGGUGGUGAGCCCAUCUGGAUCCCUUUCACUUUUAAAUAUGAUCCCACUUAUUCAGACUGCAGUGGAAAGCAAUAUGUGAAACGUACUUGGUACCGAAAAUUUGUGGGAGUGGUUCUUUGCAAUUCUUUGAGGUACAAGAUUUACCUCAGCGAUGACUUGAAAGAUAUAUUCUAUGGCAUUGGAGAUAGUUGGGGGAGAGGUGAGGAUCACUGCCAAUUUGUGGAUUCACACAUGGAUGGAAGAACGGGGCCUCAGUCAUAUGUAGAAGCCUUGCCUACUAUUCAAGGGUAUUAUCGCCAGUAUCGCCAGGAACCGGUGUCAUUUGGGCGCAUUGGUUACACAACACCUUACUACUAUGUGGGCUGGUAUGAGUGUGGCGUUCCAAUUCCAGGGAAAUGGUAACCAUGUAGCAGUCUGCCUGGAGAUUAUAUGGAGAGUGCACCAACCAUGCCUUUCAAAUGACUUGUACUGAAAGACUGUGGCCAGUUGUUUAGGAAAAGAACAAAACAUGAAAGAAGCCAGCUAAGCCCAGCUGCUCAGGAGACCACAACCAAACCAAAUACUGUACACGUUUUGUCAGCUGAAAUCUGUGGUGCUGCUUGAUCACUCUGCUUGGGACAGGAUUUUAGUUCAGUGUCCAACUUUUCUUCUCCUGGUCUUUAGAUGGCCUGGAGAUAUGGUUGUACUGGGUGCAACCAGUGCUCAGUGAAACCUAAAACUUCACUAGCCACAACAGCUUGGAAGUUGCAUAUAUCCUGCAGGAAUGACCUAAGCAUGCCAUGCUUGUUUAAUGGAAUGCUAAACACUUUUUAUUGCUAUUAAUGGAAUGUUCCAUCACUUACCACUGGUGGAGUUCCAUGCUUCUGAGUUUACUAUGUAGUCGUGCCAAGUUACUAGACAAUCACCAAAGGCAGUAUAUUCAACGUAAAACUUCUCUUGUUGGUUAACCCGUUGCUGGACUAAACGCCAGGUCACAAUGUACAUUCACUUUUUUAUAUAUAAUACAGUACUCUAUGUCCAAAAUACUACAUAAGAGAAGCUGAGAUUUUCUUAUUCACUAGAUAAAGGUUUGGAUUUGUAUGUAAAAGGUGCUGUUAAUUAAGAGGUCUUUUGAUUCAUGAAACGUUUUUAUUAUGCACAAUAUAAUAACCAUGGAAAGAACUUUCUUCUUCUUCUUAAUGAGCAAAGCUCUGUGACAUGCUUCAUAGCAAACCAAAGGACUGGCUAUUUAAUGGGAAUAAAUCUCUUUACCCAGGCUAAAAUUGCAUUAUAAACCAGCAUAGGUGCCAUGUCAGCAGUGCGUCAACAUUUAAGUUAAACUUUCUGUCCAGUACUAUUUAAAAGGCUUAGUUCAGUUUUUGUUUGAUUCAUUUUCAUCAUCUGUGUAUUAUUUAUUCCUUGUAAGGUGAUUAAGUUUCACUGUGUGGAGGCACAGUGAGAUAGCACAGGACUUGCAGACAAGUUUUAACUUAUUUUCUAAUCAAAACAGACACCUCUAGGAUGCUUGAGCAGCACAAAACUCUUCUGAUUCUGGUCCAUCAUGUGAAUGAGGUGUGAAAGUCAUCGUUCUUUCUCUAAAGCACAUCACAAGGGCAGAACACUCAGUGUGUCUUCCACCAAAGGUUGAAAAGCAAAAACUGGUUUCUCUGGGAGCUGCGCUCCUGAAUUUUAGCCAAGAAUACAAACCUUAUUAGGGAAGUGGGCAGUAACAUAGAAUUUCAAUAUACAUCAGAAACGAUUUCUCCUGCCAUAUUAUUCAUUCUCUUAAUGUAGCAAUAAGUUUACUCUGACUCCAAGGGUGUGUCUACACAACACCCUAAACUCGAAAUAAAAUACAUAAUUUGUGUAUGCAAUUGCAUAUCUUAUUUCGAAACUAUUUCAAAAUAGCUUAUUUUGAAAUUUGGUGCAUCUACACACCACCAGAUUUCAAAAUAACGUGCUAUUUUGAGCCAUCCCUUAUCCCUCGUGUGAUGAAGUUUACUGGAAUGGUGAAAUAACGCACCCAUCAUUUUGAAAAAUAUUUCAAAAUAACGGGAGGCUUAGUAGAUGCAGGGUAGCUAUUUCAGGAUCCCUCUGGGAUCCUGAAAUAGCUGUGCAAUGUAGAUGUACCCCAAGGGAUUUAGCCUUUGUGGCCAUACUGUUUCACUGUGCAUCGUAUAAGCCUUUACUCACAUUGGAAAAGACUCCAGCAUUCUGACGGCCUGGGAAAAUAGAAAUAUACCUGGGGGACAAAUUCAACCUUUUGAUCAUCUAUCACUCUCAUUUCAGUUUACAUACUAUACAGGACUAAAAUCUUUUAAGCCACUUUUGUAGUCAUUGUAAAUGUAUUGGGAGAAAAGUUACCAAAAUUAUUAUUAAAAGAGGUUUUUAUUUUUCACAGUGGUGCUGGGUUGAACAUUGAAUUGUUUUCACUUUUUUUUUGUUGCUUCAAUGCAGUGCAAAAUAUAUGAUCUUUAAAUAUAGCUUCUUUCCCCAAUAAACGUAUGAUAUAUUGUUC